AUGGAAAAUACAAAUCCCAACGAAGCCCUGGCCCUCCUAUGGGCCUAUGAGCUCAACCGGGAGAACAAACAGUUGUUCAAGGGACUCAAGAAAGUGAAUCGUCGUCUCGAUGCUUGCCAGUCAACCACGUCAGCCAAUUGUGCCAAAGGUCCACAUCGAGGCGAUCAGAAAUUGAAUCAACAAUCGAAGUCAUAG